CGCGCCCAUUUCCGUUUCUUUCUACUGACAACAAUAGCAAGAUGAAAAUCGGAUUGUGUUCAUUCAGUGGGUACAAAAUCUACCCCGGUCAUGGCAAGACCAUGGUCAAGAUUGAUGGCAAGACCUUCACUUUCCUCGACAAGAAGUGCGAACGCUCCUACCUGAUGAAGCGCAAUCCACGUAAAGUCACCUGGACUGUUUUGUACCGUCGCAAGCACCGUAAGGGUAUCGAGGAAGAGACCACCAAGAAACGUACUCGCCGCACUCAAAAGUUCCAGCGUGCCAUCGUCGGUGCAUCGCUUGCCGAAAUUUUGGCUAAGCGUAACAUGAAACCUGAAGUGCGUAAAGCUCAACGCGAUCAGGCUAUUAAAGUCGCUAAGGAACAGAAGCGUGCCGCUAAAGCUGCAAAGAAGACUACACAGCCCGCCCAGACCAAGGCUAAGGCAGCACCCAAACAAAAGGCUGCUAAGGUGACACAAAAGUCUGCGCCACGCGUAGGUGGAAAGCGGUAAACUGGUACAAACAGCUGAGACGUUUCAUUUGCCUUGCAAUUGGAAUAUGAAAUAUAAAAUAAUUACAUAUACCGCAAGAGUAUAAGGAGUUAAUUUUCUAACAUGAAAAAUAUAAGUGAAAAUAUAAAAAACAUCGUGCGAUGAAAAUUUUUGCCCGAAAACAAAA